GUCCAAUCAAAAUAAACCCAUCGAUUCCUUUCGCUCUUGAUUCCCGCCUCUCGAUUCUGGCACCAGUAACCAGCGCACACCAGUAACCAUCACCCUUGAUUACGGUAAGACCUCUUCUCCAUAAAGCAUUAUACGUUCAGUUUCAUGGGCUUGAUUAGAUGGAGAGAAGUAUAGCUGAUGAGCUCUACUCAGAAAUCUUGGAACCAAAAGUAGAAUUGGGUCAAACAUCAGUUCCUGAUAUAAAGGAAUUCAAUUCACUAGAUGGUGAGGAUGAACAUUGGUGUGAAGAUGGAUCAUCAUGGAAUGGUUCUGAUGGGAAAUUUGAUCCAUCAUCUGACUUAGACAGGGAAUGGCAAAGAAGAAAAAAUCAAUUCCAUGCAAUUGGAUAUCGCGAUGGCCUUAUAGCAGGAAAAGAAGCUUCUGCACAAGAAGGUUUCAAUGUUGGCUUCAAGGAAUCUGUAGUUGCUGGAUUUAAUUUGGGUUUCGUGAGAGGUGUUACUGGAGCUCUGAAUUGCCUUCCUGGUGAAUUAAGAAAGAAGAUCAUUGAAUCACAAGAAACAAGAAACAAGCUACACAGCUUGUAUGAAUCCGUGAAUAAACUAUCAACAACUGAUGCAUUAAAGGUGUUCCAUGAUGGCUUGUCCCAAAGAAGAGUCAAYGAGGGUGAUCUGGAACAAAAUUCAGAUGGCAGUGUUCUAGAUAGUUACUACGGACAGCUUCAGUCUCUCAUUGUCGAGUCCCCUGCAAUUGAGGUGCAAUCAAGGGAUAAAGCAAUAUAUGUUUGAAACAGGCGAAGAUCCUUCACUUCAAUGAGGUUUGUUGUGCUACUGUUAUACUGCAGUGAUCAAGUUAACAAGAUGAGCUCAAUUCUAAUAUUUUCGAGGAGAAACUAAUAGCUUGUGGUCAAUCAUUAUCUUAUUUGUGCAAAAUUACUUCUUUUGAUGAUAUAUGGCACAAUCUAUUUUGUUGUAGCCACAGGGUACAGAUGAAUGAUUUGGCUCCAAACCGAUACUUAUGGGAAAAUUUGAUGUGUACUGUUAAUUUGUGAAAUUAAAUAAUUUGUUUCAAAAACUGAAACUUCU